AUGGGAUCAGAAAAGGACUCAGAGUCGCCUCACUCCUCAGUGAGCGGCGUCCCAAACCCUAAGUGCCGAGCAGCGGGCAAACGCCAGGGCCGCAUCUCUUUCCACAGCCUGUUCCACAGCAAACGCGGCUCCCGGGGCACCAGGGGCCCCAAAGGAGGAGCGGCCCCCCCUUUGUCCCAUCACCACCACACGCAACAACAGCUUCUCCCGUCUGCCUUGAGCUCAGUGCCCGCCGCAGCCUCCGCUACGCCAACGACGACCACCACCACAGCCGCCACGACCCCCCAGGACGCCGCCUCCAGCACCCCUUCAAAGCCACUCUCCUCCAGCCAGCCCUCCCUGGGUGGAGCCCCUUCCUCUGGAGACAACAACCUCCUGGAGUGCCCCCUGUGCCUGGUGCGUCAGCCCGCCGACCAGCUCCCCGAGCUGCUGGGCUGCAGCCACCGCUCCUGCCUCUGCUGCCUGCGACAGUACCUCCGCAUCGAGAUCACCGAGAGCCGAGUCCAGCUCAGCUGCCCCGAGUGCGCCGAGAGGCUCGCCCCCCAACAGGUGGCGGACAUCUUGGAUGACGCGGCUCUGCUGGAGAAGUAUGAGGAGUUCUUGCUGCGGAGAUGCCUCGCCUCUGAUCCAGACUGUCGAUGGUGUCCGGCCCCUGACUGUGGGUGAGUAACAUGUCCACCGUCACCUCUUUAUCGGGUUCUGGUCUGGGAUUUCAUCCUCAUGUCUCGCUCCUCUUUUACUGUUUAAUAGAAAAGGAGACAACCAGAUCACACAAGCCACAACCAGCACACUGUUUACAACUUCACCUCCUACUGUCGACAGUCUGGCAGAAACAUCACUUUAUAACGACGUCAGUAAACAACAUGGAGGAUAUUUUAGUAUUACAUUAAAUUCAGUUAACAAAAAAAGGAGCUGAGUCAAAGAGACAUCAACCAAACUGAAGAAAACAUGAGAUCUUUUGGCUCUUAUAGGAGUGGUUGAAUGAGAAAAAACUGUCAAUAAAAUAAUGAUAAUAAUACGUUUUAUUUGUAGGCGCCUUCCAGGGCACUCAAGGACACCUUACAGGACAAUUAAGACACAUCAGUAUGAUAGUAAAAUCAAUAAAAAUCACAUCAACACAAAGUUUUAGAUAAAAAGUUCUAAGUCCGUCCUCUGCAGCAGAACAUCAGAUGCUAGUCAGAGGUGGCCUGUCUAAAAUAAUGAGUUUUUAGAAGGGAUUUGAAGACGGAGAGUGAGUUAAUGUUCCUAAAAGAAGAUUACCUUAAACCUAACACACUUAGACCUCACUGUUGACCAUUUGUAGAUGGUCAGUGUUUUAUAGUUUACAGUAAAACGGCUCUUUAGCGCCAUUUUUGAUUGUUUCUGUGACACCAACAAACUAAACUGACAAAUUAAAAACUUUUUGUCUCGAUAAACUUUAUUUUGUUUCAAGACUUAAAAAAAGUUUGUAAUUUUAAGAAAAAGAGAAACCGAAAGAGUUUAGCUGAGACAAAAAGUGAAACUGCGUCAAAGCUUUAGGUACUCUCCUUUCUCUGCCACUCUGAAACUUUGAUCGCUCGCUGUUUCUUCUCUUAGAAUUCACUGAAAUCCGACAGACUCUGUCGCUCCAGAUUUCCACGUAUAUGACUGCGUUUCUUUGUUAGACACAACAGGAACUGGCGUGGUCUGCUCUGUUCGAGAGAAAACAGCGAGGUGUGAAAGUCGAAUUUGAACCUUGAGGUUGGAGAGAGAAACUCUUAAGUGGGUUAUGGAGCUGUAAAGUUUGCCCUGUGGUUGGAGGAGGGGAGAGUCAGAUGGUUUUUGGAGGUGCAGCUGCUCCUGUUAGGUUUCUGGAACAAAUGAGAGGCGUUUGUUUCAUCAUAGAGAGCAGGAGUGAUUCAUUGUGUUUGUGUUUCUGUGUUUUUGUGAGUGCGUGUGGGAAGGAGGAAGGCAGAUUUCACUGAUAUUUCUUAGCUGUGGUUUAGUAAAGUACAGGUACUGUUGGAGGGGAAGGCCAAAGAGCCUGUGUGGUAUCUUUGCAUAAAUCUGUGUCUGCGUGUGUGUGUGUGCGUCUGUGUGCGUCUGUGUGCAUUUGUUUGUUUCUGUUUCUCUGUUGCUAUGUGUCAUAUCACUAUAUAAAGGAUGUGCGGUGUCUCGACCACAUAAUUUGCCUCAGAAGUCUCACAUUUAUGCAGAACAUUCGACACGUCUGUAGGCUGAUGAACUUUUCUUCUUGUCGGAGAAAACCGUUUCUUGAAAACAAAGACUAUUAUGUCCUAUUAUAGGCUUAAAUGUAAGCUAAAUUAAUACAAAAACGAACUAUAAAUGGCUAAUUUUAGCUAUCAGCUAUUGUGAGAAAACUAAAGCACAAAUGUCCUGCAUGGUGUUGGAGAAAAAAAAGUGAUGUGCGGUGUCUCGACCACAUAAUUUGCCUCUGAAGUCUCACAUUUAUGCAGAAACAUUCGACACGUCUGUAGGCUGAUGAUGAACCUUUCUUCUUGUCGGAGAAAACAGUUUCUUGAAAACAAAGAGUCAUAUUAUAGGUUUAAAUGUUAGCUAAACUUCUACAACAGGCUAAUGUGAGAAAACUAAAACACAAAUGUCCUGCUUGGUGUUGGAAAAAAAAAGUGACGUGCGGUGAAAUGAUUUAAAAUUACGACUAAGAACGUGCGCAUUAAGUCAGUUAAACGAUCAAACAUUGUCACUCUUGUUCGCUACGAUAUUGAUAUCAGAUAUCAGUCUGUUGUCAGCCAAAAAACAAAUAUCGAAUUAUAUCUUUUUUUUUUAUUAUACCUCUAGCUAGCAGCACCCGGAUCCAGCAUGCAGAGCCCAUGUUACCACGACAACAGUGUGUAAUAAGCUGAGUGCAAAACUUGUCGUGCACAAGUUUGUGCCGAUAUCGGACCAAUAUUGGUAUCAGCCGAUACUGAAGGCUACAAUAUCGCUAUUGUAUCGGAAGUAAAACGUUGUAUCGGGACACCUGUAGUCAUGCUGUUUUUCCCCACUACCUGGAUGUAAACAAUCACAGGUCAUAUAUAGCAUGUGGACAUUAAUCUGCAAGGAGGUCCAGAGACUGGUGGUGCUAGCGCUGCUAACAUUAGCCACGCUAAAUAAACUGAUUUGACAUGGUUUGCCUUCAGACUUUGUAAUCCCAUGUUCAGCAGUUGAGCUUGAGUUAGAUUGUUAUUUCAGUCUAACUUCUUCUUGGACUAAGUAGCUAAUUGUAAUUUCCCUUUUAAACAACAUGGAGUCAGUCACUUGGAGCGUCCCUAAUUAUGAUAAUAUACUGUACAUUAAAUAACUACAUUCAACUUUAACUCAACUGAUUAUUCACCAAAGGCUAAUUCUUGUAAAGUACGAAAACACUACUGUCAAUUCUAUAGAUCCAUACCUACUUUUUGUAGUUUUAAAGCUGUAAAUAAAAGGUCAAAGGUCACUGUAAUGACCCUUAAUUCGAUACUUGACACAGUUACUGGUUGACUGCUCACAUGAUGAAGCGGAUCUGUUGUUUCUGAGGAAGUCUCACUUCUAUUAUCUCUGGUAUUUUUGACUGUGUUUCCCCAGAACAAUGUGGCUUAAAGUCAGAGUGAACAUCCAUUUUUAAUUUUCAUAGUUCCUUCUUUUGUAAGUGAGAGUUCGGCUGCAGACUGAGAGAAAAAAAAGAACAAGUCGGAUAGUUUUAGUCCCAGUGGAGAGGAAAAUCAACAUCUACAGGGUUGUUUAGGUUGUGUUACAACUAUUGUCUGAAGAAGUUUUGCAUGUUUUAAUGUCUUAAUUAAGUUUUUUCUUCUGCUUUGAGAGGACAGCACCGCAUGCUGAGAACAUCCUAACCAAACCCCAGAGAAAAAAGAGUGAUUUUAGGGCAAGAGUUCAUAUCAGAGACCUAUUUGAUGUGAAGGUUGUACUUUGGUUGUGGCUGAAUCUAGGUCACUAAAUCUCACUUACGAAAACUGAAGCCCGCCGUGUGUGUGUGUGUGUUUUAGCAAUGACACAGAAGGAAAGGUUGACCACUGCUGACCUAGAUAUUUACUGAGAUGAUCCUGUGUCUGACGCCAGCAGUGACUCAACCCCUCUUAAACUUGGACAAAGCGACCAAGCACGAAUUAUUAUUCACCACAAACACCCGGAGCGAAACACACACACUCAAACACACACUCAAACACACACAGACACACACCUGGCAGAGCGGCUUCUGGCUGGCGGUCACCAGAGAAGUGACUUCCAGAGAAACAGAUUAAUUGGUGUGAAUUUCUCGGGAUGUAACUGUGAACCGAGUGUUUAGAGCUAAGAAGUGUGAGUGUGUGUCUACCUGCCUGUCUUAGUGUGUGAGUGUAUGUGUGUCUGCGGUUGUGUAUACUGCAUACUGACCCACUUGUGUAAAAGUUAUGUAAAUGUGACCUGGUUCUUCCAUCUUAUAUAUCUAUACAUCUGUAACCGACAAGUGAUAGACAGACUCAGAAUAGAUGUUUACCUUUGACAAGACUGUCGAAGUCGGUGUGUCAGUCAACUGUGAUUAACUGUAUCUGUAAUCUCAUGCUUAGAAACCCAUCCUAUAAUGAGUCUUAACCAGUGUCUAGUUUUGUGAAUCAUGAGUUUGACUUUUAGAUUUGUUAUUCAAAUAAGAGCCGCACUGUAACUACACUAAUGUGGUCUGAAAGCAUGACUUAGAGGUAGCAGACAAGUACAGUUAUCAUCUACAGGUGUGUGGUGAUUCACAGUCGCCUGCUAACAUCGGUCUGAUUAGCUCAUAAGGGGUCAGUUUGGAUCAGACCCGGACCGGACAGACCAUGCAAUGCAGCGAGAAUCAAAUGCAAGAAUCAGAUCACCAACAGAGGUGUGCAUUAGCAGGAGGCCAAUGGGGAUCUACAUCAAACAAUGAAAACACCUUUUCAGCUCAGGACCUUUAUUUGUCUUUUUAUAUCCUUAUUUUGUUUGUUGACGAUUGUUUACUUCCUGGUUUCCUGGUAACGAGUUCCUCUAAUUGGACUCUGUCUCGAAGCCCAGUGUUCGAACACCAAAGCAUGAACAGAACACCAUGGAAGAUCCCCAACCUCAUUAUCCAGACAUGUUAGUCUGACUAUGAGAAGUUAAUUUAGAGCAUGUUUGUUAAAGUCCAGUUUCAGUGAGAGUAAAGCAGUAAACCGAUUCUUCACAUCCUGAUGGACUUCUGUAACUCCGCACUGGCAGGCCUCCCUCUGUGUACAUUCAAACCUCUGCAGAUGAUUAACACCUGGUCUCCAUCCAGCCCAAAUCAAGUCUCUCCACUGCUCAUCUCUCUCCAGCGGCUGCCAGUUAAAGUCUGCAUCACGUCCAAAACUAUACCUCCUGUUUGCAAAACAGCAACAACCAGACGAUGGCUGGAUUCGCUUCUUGUCGAUGGCCUCCUUCCUGCUCUCUUCCUUCGGUUUCUGUCCUUUCCUCUUGAAACGAAGGCCAAGUAGAUGAAAAAAACAAUUAUUUCGAGAGGAGAGAAGUCUGCCGCCCCCAAAGAUGGGAGUCUCCUUCUACCUUUGAAGAACUUUUUGAUCCAGCUCUUAGAUAACAACCCCACACUUGGUACUUUGGUGCCAAAGAUGAUGAUGAUGAUAGUCGUUAGUUUUAAUGUAGAUGAUGAUUUGUUGUUUCGUUGCUGAGUGAUGAUGAAAUAAACAACCAAAAACUGCUUCUUUGCACGGCGUCCAUGCCUCGGGCGCUGCAUGUCAGCACCUGUAUCUGAUUGGACUUUUUUCCCCACUCCUUCAUGCAUCCUUACUUUUGUAUAAACCUCGCCUUAGAUGUACGUCACUCUGGACAAAAGCGUCUCCUGCUAACGUUGUGAAACCUUAACAGAAACCUUGAUAAGCAUCAGAGGAGCUUUACAGGCAAAAUUCAAUCAGUGUAAAAGCUUUUCUGGACGGCUCUCUGCAGCCAAAACAGUGACACGUCGCUAAAAACAAAUGUUCCUGGUCGACUGAUUUCAGUGGGCCUCAUUUACAAACAUCUUUUUUUAAUAUUUUUGAUUUGAGAAAAGUCCCAAAGGAAAAUCUAAAGCAGAGUCAUCACUCUUGUAGGAGGACUUUAUGUGUUAUCGUCGACCUCAAACCUUUAAAACCAAAUUUCCUCCAGAGAAAGGUUAAUGAACGACGGCGACCGCUCUUUAAAAUCUAAAUCGCUCUAUUCAUACCGCCAUAACACAGCUGUUCACCUUCCAUCUGCUCCUCUUAUCCGCCCAUGAAGUUCUCAUCCUGUGUGAUUGUCACGUCUGAGUAUCCAAACAUCGUCCUUCUGCCUUUCCCUCUGGCUGUCAGUUGCCAUGGCGACUAUCGAUGCAGCAUAGAGAGAGUGUUGCCAGGGGUAACAGGAGUUGGGGACUUCAUUAAACAGAUCAAUACGUGCUCUCUGGACUCGUCGUGCGUGUGUGUGUGUUACAUUGUUGUGGAUGUGGUGUUUUUUGUUGUUGACUGGUACGUCCGUCUCUGAAGCACGUUUACUUCGCCCCGGUGUUAAAAACAAGCCGAUAUUAGCCCGUGUGUCGUAACGUAUUUACAGGCUCAGCAGGACUCCCAGGUGGCUGCUGGUGGAGCUGAACGCUGUCAGGACUGUCUGUGCACGUCUCCUCUUCCACACGCAGCAUGUCAGCGCUCAUAAAACUCCUCCGCCUUUCAUCCCCUGACUCUCGUCUCAUUGUGCUUCACAUUUACAUCCACAUUAUCACACCACGCUCCUACCCGCCUUGCUUUUUUCUGUCACUCUCUUUGUUUCCUCUUCCAUCCGUGGUGGAAAUUUCCGUUGAAAACUGCGAUGGUGUCAAAAUCAACCUUUUGACGUGGGAUGCUCUCCAGUGCUGUCGUGGCAACAAGUCAUCUGUGUCUCUGUCUUUGUCGUUUACCUGACGGCUCUUAUUUUUGAGCUGUGCCAGCAGCUGAGGUUGUGGAGAUUGCAGUGUGUAUCCAUCUUUAUGUUUUGUGAGUUGGACGAUUACAGGAUGAUGUAUAGUGGGCAGGUGUUGAUGUAAAUUAGAUCCCUGACAGGGUGAGAAAGACCCUGAAGCUGUCACCCCCUGUGGACGGAGCAGUCUUAGCCUAUCUUGUUCUUAAAGCUCCAAUGAGGAUUUUUUUUAAUCUAUUAAAAAGAUUUUUAAAUUCAUGUUGAUGUCUUUUGAUGAUAUCCAAAAUCAAACAAGACCAUCAGCAACAUUUUUAAUUAUUUAAGGAUGGUAAUACCAGUGUGAGCAGGUACCCACAAAACACCUGACGUCAUUUAGACGUCUUUUUUCAGGCUGAAUCAUGUCGGCCCAUCAUGGCGGUAAUUUAGCCCAAAAAAAAAACUUUAAAAACUGGGCUUUAUUAGACGGUCUAAAUCUGGACAUUGUUUAGACAUAUGGUGAGGACGUCUUUUCAGCGUCUUUUUGCUGGGUGUGUACGUGUUAGCCAAACAGUUAAAGAAACAGUCCCGAUUUUACAUAUUCACAAAAAAUAAGACUAUCUAUCUAUCUAUCUAUCUAUCUAUCUAUCUAUCUAUCUAUCUAUCUAUCUAUCUAUCUAUCUAUCUAUCUAAAGCUUUAAGUAAAGUCACAUUGAAAAGAUCUUGUUGACUUUUGACAGUCAAAUGUUAAAAACCUACCCCCCCGUCACAUCAAUUUCAGGCAUCAAGAUUUACUCCAUAAAAUGGUCAGUUUUGUCACUGAUGGUCUUGUUUUCUUUUUUAAAUCACAAAAAGGCGACAAAAUGAAUUUCAGUCUAUUUUAUAAAUGUCAAAAACUACUUACUGGAGCUUUAAAUAGAAUUAGAUGAUGAAAAUAUAAAAAGUCAGUGUGAGGUAGGGUGACCAUACAUCGUCUUUUACCCGGACAUGUCCUCUUUUUGGGGGCUGUCUGGGUUUGUCCAGCGAAGUUUAAAAAAUCCUUCAAAUGUCGGCGGUUUUGUACACAAGUUUCGAGUUUGUGUCACAUGGACUUAUUGAGUUAGAAGAGCGUAGAAGACUCUUGAACCCGAAAAACUCUCAAAAUGAACUUUCUGUGACUCUGUGACUCCUCUAUUCAGAAUAUGGUCACCCUAGUGUGAGGUGUUAUAUGACAGUUGAACUCUCUAAAGGUCAGUGUGACAUUCAUGGUCAGGAAAAUUUCAAACAGCUAACGUGGCAACUUGGUAAAUGAAAGUCCCAGAUUUCUCACAGCGGUAAAGUCCCUCUUUAAAAAAAUCAGGGGGUUGGUUCAGAAGUUGUCUUGGUGUGGAGUUUCUGCAUUACUCACGUGAAGCUGUGCUGCUCUGUUUCUGUUUAUACAAGCUUACAGAGAAGCGCUGACACUGCAGAAAAAAACGCCAAACAGGCAUCUCUGUGUUUUUGUUUUCCCGUGGUUAAAUUGAAAGUUUAUACUCCGUAAUUUAGAAGUUGGGGCAGUUUGGUGGCUGGUUGACCUCCGGGGCCUGUUUGUUUCAUCCUAACAGAAGAUGCUGUUUUCAGACAGAAGUCUUGGUCCUGCACAGAUGUAAGAGGAAGUCUCUCUGCAGGAAUGCCACUUCUUGUCUCAUCUUGUCCCGGGAGCGAGCUCUUGUCUCCUCUGAUAUCUGUUAAUUUAUUCCACCCCGACAGCCGGCCCGUCACCUCGUUUGAAGAGGAGGAAAUGAGUGACGUGUUGGUGCUGGUGCGUUGGAGGCGUGCCAAAACAAUUACAAGUUUGCUAAAUUAUCACUUCUUCCUCGCUCCUCUUCUUUUAUAAUAGUAUAACUUAAGCGGCCUAAAAGCGUGCAGAAAAACGGGCAUCAUCUUUGUUUGACAGCAGGAAAUAUUUAAAUCCCUGCCCGCUUUUGUUUUCACUCCUCCACACUCUGCUUGGUGACAAUAUUUGAUGACUGGGCUCCUUUGUGAUCCCCUCGGUGACUGACAGCUCGCUCUCCCUCAUUUUAAUUGCCUUUUUUUGGCUGUAUUGUUGUAAAAUGACAUCUUUGUAUACUAUAUUUAACAGUUCAUACUUAAAAACAUGGAAGACAAACUUAGUUCAUAAAGCUGCAUUUGGUUGAUGGAGUCUCUAUUAAAAUAAUGAAAGUUUUCUCUCCACAGAAGAUGCGGUGUUGGUGUUAUGUUAACCUUUUUGGACAUGUUAGUAAAGCUCCUGUGUGGAUUAAACAGGAUGAAACUGAUACUGUUUGAACAAACUAGACUGUCAUCACACAGAUUGUCUGUUUGUUCAAUGAGAAGUUAUUUUUGUUGCCGCAGGGUAGGUGUCUGUUUAAAACAGGCUUUUAUCCAGCUGGUUCGACAAUGAGCGAUACUUUUAAUUGUCAAGAGGAAAUAGGGGGAAUGUAUUUAAAUAUUUUUAAUUGUUAAGGUACAAAAUAUCCUCACACACAUAAGUCAGCUCAAACCUUUGGAUUUUGGUCCACAGGGGGCGCCAAAACGGACACAAAUAUGAAGUUCCUCACUGGUGGGGCUGAAACGAUUCCUCAAGUACCUCGAUUACAAAUAACCGCACUUCGCCUCUGAGUUGUGGGCGGAGACAGCGCCGUUCUGCACACUCCUCUUCAUGCUAGCUUGUAGCCGAACAUUGCCGUUGUAGUAGAAGAAGCAGGAAACAGAAGUUAUUCAGCUCUCGACACUAAUGUCUUUAGGGACAUGAUGAAAGUUAAAAUCAUAAUUAACUUUCUUACGAGCAUUGCAAUCCGUUAACACACACCCUUGUUCCGCGAUUGUCCUCUAUUUCUCUGAGUCUGGCCUCCAAAGUGGGGCUCUGAGGUGCAAAUUUUUUUUGUUGUUGGAUGGUAGGGGAAAGUCCCGCCUCCUUCGCUCAAACAUGGGCUGUCCACGCUGCAUUAUCGCACUUCUGAAUCUCCUAACCCUAACCCUAACCCGACAGACGAUGAUGAUUCACAGCCAUAAGGAAUAACCAAUUGGAGCCCAGCACUCCCAGCCAAUCAGAGGUGAAGGAGUGCGGGACCUUCUCCGACCAUCCUACAAAAACAAAAUUCGCCUCAGGGGUUGGAGCUUGGAUUUGUGAUGUAGAAAAUCUCACUGUAUGUGAGUCUGCUGUUUGGGUCUGAUUACUCGAGUAAUCGAUGGAAUAUCCGGUUGAAUACUCGAUGACUAAAAUAUUCGACAGCUGUAGCUCUACUCACUGGAGUUAUGAAAUAAAGAAAUACUUCAGUCUUUUGUUGGUUCUGUACUCGUGGCAACUGCAGAAGAAACUUUGAUGUAGUUUGUGAGAAAGUUCGACCCUGAAUCUCUGUAUUUCUCCGUUCGAUCAUGAUUCCCUGCCCUCCGUGUCAUUUCCACUUGAACAGAAAUAACCUGCUCGUUCGCCCUCUCCUCUCUAAUGUGUCGUUUCUGAACACAGUGUCUCCGUCUCUGCUUUAUUUACUCUCCUCGGCACAGUGAACACUCUGCUCCCCCGUCUCCUCUCACUAUUAAACUUUGUGAAUCCAUAUCGAUUGACCUCAUCCUGUCUCCUCUCUCUCUGUUGUUCCUAAGUGAUUACUUCAUUGAUCACAUCUCCUCUCUCUUCUCACAGACUACACAGAGCGCUCAAGCUUUGUAAAGUGUCCAUUAGUGUCCAUAUUGGAGAUCUUUACUUUGUACAAACUGUGAUCGAGUUCGAGUUAAAUGUAUUUUUAAAUUUACAUCUUAGUUAACAUGUCAAAGUCGGAGGAGAGAGAAAGAUCCAGAAAAGUCUGAGUUUAAGACAAACUAUAGAAGUGAAGUUUAGUGUAUGCCUGGAUAUAAUGUUGAAACAUUAUUAACUCGUCUUUUUUUAAUCCGUCUCCUCCUGUCAGAUUCGCCGUCAUUGCCUCGGGCUGUGCCAGCUGUCCCAGGUUGGUUUGUCGCAGAGAAGGCUGCGGCGCCGAGUUCUGCUACCACUGCAAACAGGCCUGGCAUCCCAACCAGACCUGCGACUCUGCCCGCCAACAGAGGGCGCAAUCCCUGCACACGCACAGCAACCACUCGCCCAGCUACACGCAGGAGCAGGGACCCGGUGAGUGUCGUGCACAAACAUUCGAACACGAGCGCGUCUCGACAGUAACCGCAGUCUGGCACUGUCAAACUCAGAUAUAUAUUUGUGUGUUUGUGCGCUCAGAUAAAAUGGACUUCUUGAAAACGGUUUCACACCUCUGAGGAGUCCCGCCUCUCUGUCAGUCUCCAUCACAUGUCAGUCACCUCGGUCUGUCAGAGCGCUGAGUCAGUCUCGGCUCUCAGACUCCCCGGUGUUCUUCUCACUGCUGUAUGAUGAAUGAGCGAGCGCCCGACAGAGCACGAGACGCUAUUUAUAUCACAGUUUCUACUUGAGGGAGUUUCAUGACAUCGAGUUACUCAGUAUCUUAAACUGCCACCCUGACAUUUGUUUUCCUGCUGUUACAUAACUGGGUUUGUUUUUAACAGCGUGUUCAGCUGCUCAAAGUUCACGCAGUACAGAGUGGUUUCAGUCCUUUUAGAUAAAGAGAGCUCCUCCUGAUUCAGAUUUUUGACUGGAUUAAGAUGAUUUUACAGCCUGUUUCUGCACAAAUUUAGAUUAAAAAAAGGUGUUUUUUUUCCAUCUGGGUUGUUAAUGAACAUCAACAUCAGUCUUGAGAAGUGAAACGGAUGCUGAAGUGCCAAAACCGAAAGUCUCUGAGUGUUUCGGAAACAAAUAAGUGAAAUCCAGUCCAGUUAUUAUGUAAUAUUGACUGUAAAUAUGAGAUACUGUUUUUAGAGUAAGCCCACAGUCAGUCCAGGUUUACACAGCCUGUAAUCUGGAGUCAAACAGCAGAUUUCCUUAUCCUGAGCCUAAACUUGUCAAUAUUCAUCAUAAUAUUUUAUUAUUAGUUUGAUACUUUAAGUUCCACCAGGUGACUUUCUGUCCCCUGAUAAGUUAUAAAUGCAGAAAAAAGAUUUAGGAUUGGCUAAAAUACCUUUCUAUUUUUGCAGUAGUGACACUUCUGUACACACUAUAUAGGUGACUGCAUGCUUGGGCUCUGGGACUUUUCUAUUACUUAGGCUAAGGAGCUGAGGACUGGACUCAGGUCAGGGGAAGAGGACUUGACUCAGAGUCCUCGACCUCUGAGGACUUGAGACUCAACCUCAGACUCAAGCUUUGGUGUCUGGACUGUUUGGAAAGAUGUCAGCGGUGGAAAAGCCACUUUGUUUUAGUGCUGUUUGCCGGUGCAACACUCAGAUCUUCCUCCACAUGCAGCACACUGACCAGCUGCUCAGAAACUUUUCUCAUUUUAAAGUAAAAUACUCAAAAUAAAGCACUAACUUGUGCCGAUGUUUUGGCUAAAUUCAGUGAAGUUAAAAGGUCAAUUAGUCCCAUUUGUAGCGGUUGAUUUUUGGGGCAUGACCUCACUCUAAAAAUACAGACUAGCCCUUUAAUUAGCCAUUGUAAUGCGUGUGAUUUGGGUUUAACGCUGUCUUUAAACACACACAGUUUCCUAAAGUUCCUUAAGUGCUCACACCUUUGGACGCUAAAGCUGUGUGGUAAGCCGUGGAGAUAACACAAACACACGUAUGUUAUUGAGUUUUAGCAGCUAAAAUAUGAUUCAUGUCUGAAUCUGAAGGUCUUAAAAUCUGCUCCUUCAGAGUUUGUGUCGAAGUCAUGACAGAUACGAACAUGAGCACACAAACACUCCUCCGCCCCGGUGCAUGCGAGCGUCCUCUCAUGUGUUUGUGUGUCUUUAAUUCCAUUUUGAUGAAAUCUCUAUUAGCUAAAUCCCCUCAGCUGUCCUCGGUCCCUCUUCUUCUGUCCCUCUUUAAUUCGCCGUUUCCACUCUGCCUCCCUCUGCCAAGACUUCACAAGAUCUGACAUCAAUCCAGGAGACAGAAACUGACUCAUAAAAAAAUCCAGCCGCUCUCUCUCUCUCUCUCUCUUUAUCUGUCUGUCCGUCUGAAUGUUUAACACCUGCUGCUUAGUCAAGUGUUUACAGACAAGACAAAUACAGACGAAGAAGAAGAAGAAAAGGGAGGAGAGGAAAGAUUAAAGCGGAGGAAAGAGAGGAGGGAUGGAAAGAAUGAAAGACAGCGAGGGCGACAGUGAGACGUGAGAGUUUGUGGAGUCGUGUCAGCAGAAUACACAAACAAUAACAGCAACGCCUACACACACAAACACACACAAACACACACACACACACACACAUCUGUCAGAGUCUCUUCAAGGUAAAAUGCCCUUUAAAGAGCAGAGACUGUCCCCAGAAUCAUGAUUUCAAACAAACUAAAGGAAAUUUUCACCGUUUUUUAACAUUAUUGUGCAAUCAGAUCGAGUUUGAGUGAGAUUGUGAAUUUAAGACGAAACAAAGAGGAAGAAAAUUGUGACUUUGGUGUUUUAAUACUUGGAUUUUACUUUGGAUUACCUCUGGGAUUUAAAGACGUGGUUUUUAUUUAUUUUGUCAAAGCCUUUAAAACCCUGAAUUUGUGUCUCGUUCGCUGCUGAGGCAGAGGCUCUACCUGUGGAGAUAACAUUAAGACUAUUUCAAGAGCUUAAAAAAUGUUCAAACAAUCGUGACCCCCCCAAAAAAAAUCUUAACUGAGGUUUCAAAAUUACAAAAAUCAGCUGGAAAGAAACUUAUCGAUUUCAGGAGGAUGUUGAGUGUUUUAAGAGGCUUUUGAAAUCUGGGGAAGAACCCUCUUUCACGUUCUUUCUGAGCGUUCAUUGAGUGGAUUAAUACCUCUGAUCCGUCAGUCUGAUGAAUGGGAAACCACUGAGAGCAGAUGGUUCGCUCGGCUUUGCAAAGAGACGUGGGAUAAAAGAGGGAUAGAGCGAGCUCUGUGUGAUCCAACACCAACAAAAGUCACUCUCUAAAUUAGAAAUUAAUCUCUCACAACAACUUCUAACAUCUGAAAGAUAAAACUGAAUCAAAUCAAACCAGGUUAAAGGGAUAUUCCGGCAUAAAAUUACGAUGAAUGUUGCUGACCGCUUGCUUUUCUAGUUAUACCGACUUUAGUAACGACCACAAGAUAGCAAUACAGAGAGCCACACGCUCAACCAAUAUGCCACUCACCUACUCACCUACUCUCUUCCAGCAGCCGCUUGUUUGUAGUGAGACCUCGGGCCAGUCCAUUACGGACUACAGCGGGGUGACGCAGCUCAAGGAAGAACAUUUAUGAUCAUCACUUUAUCAUUUACAAAUCAUAAAUGUUCUUCCUUGAGCUGCGUAACCCCACUGCAGUCGAUGGUCUCUGUACAAACAAGCGGCUGCUGGAAGAGAGUAGGUGAGUUGUGUUUAGUCUCUUUGCUAAAGAAAUAAGUCAAAGUUAAAAAGAUGUUUGGUGGUUAGUACUAUGGCUGUGACCCUAUAUGUCCUGUUGAUGAAGUUAGGUGCUGUUCUCGUGUUGGUUUAGAGUCUAAUUAAUAAGCUUUAUACCACAACAGGAUAAUCGAGGUCAGUUUUCCCUGUACCUUUCUUAACCUCGGUCGAUGGAAACACGAAAAACUGCAUAUUAAUUAAUCCAAAGUAUCUGUUUUUAUCGAUGUGCAAAAAGAGUAACUUUAAAGAAGCACAAACUCAGAUUAGCCAUAAUUCAGAGUUUACUUUGUGCCUAACUCCUCCUCUUUCUGUCCCCAGCUGAUGACAUCAAGCCAUGUCCUCGCUGUGGUGCUUACAUCAUCAAGAUGAACGACGGGAGCUGCAAUCACAUGACCUGCGCCGUGUGCGGCUGUGAGUUCUGCUGGCUCUGCAUGAAGGAGAUCUCUGAUCUGCACUACCUCAGGUAUUCUGACAGCUGUGAUUCCAGAGUGUUCGGACUCGUCAGGUGUUUUCCUGCAGACCUUCACUCCUCUCGUCUCUCCUCCUCUUUCAGUCCAUCUGGUUGUACGUUCUGGGGGAAGAAGCCUUGGAGCAGGAAGAAGAAGAUUCUGUGGCAGCUGGGUACGCUGAUCGGAGCUCCGGUCGGCAUCACCCUCAUCGCCGGCAUCGCUGUCCCUGCCAUGGUCAUCGGAAUCCCGGUUUAUGUCGGCCGCAAGGUGAGAAACCCAGUGAGAGGUGGUGGAGGGAGAGGAGGGAAAAUAAAAGUGUAUAGAGAAUUUCACAUUUCCAAAACUCACCUACAAACCAAAUCCUGGAAAAGCAAACAGAAAAGAGGUUUUUCCACGCUCUCUCUUUUACCGUCACGGUCAUGUGAAGAUUUUCUUUGUCUUCUGCUGCAGAAACCAGAAGUGGAAAACCACAGAGCUGUGGUAACACGCUCACUCUAACACUCCUGCUGCAGUUUACAGUAGAGACACAGUCGUGAAGAGCGUCUGCGCUGAUUAUCUGGAAUUUACAACAUUACAGAAAGAAAGAGGACAUUCCAGUUUCACUGUGUCAUCUUCGUUUUCUAAACACAGGGUUUCCUCGUAAAGACAGAAAGUACUUUCAGUUCCUUUUGAGCUCCACAUUAAACAAUCUGUCUGACGUAAAAACACAGAAACAGCUGCUUUUUUUCCAACUGUUGGACUUUUAAAUUACACUAAAAGAAAAUCUUAAAACUCCCUUAAAAAAUCUUAAUCAGAAACAAGUUUACGGACAUGUUGGUUCGGGUUCAAAAGAGAAUAAACAAAAUAAACAUAUUUGAAGAUAGAAAUUUACAAAAAGAAAAUGAAUUAUUGUGUAAAUGAAUUAUAAUCGUAGAGUAAAAGGUCGAAUCUGUUAGAUUUAACUAAAAACGCUGGCCAAGAAUUAGGCUUAUAAGAAUGACGGGACAUGUUCAGCAAGUAUGAGAGAAAAAUGUGUGUAUUUGCCCUUUAAUUUUUGGACAUCGUCCUUCAGAGCCCUAAAACAGCUCAUAAAUUUAAGGUUUCAAACUGGAAAUACAGUAAAAUGAUGUUUUUGUUGGUGUGUGUGAGGGAGCAGUGGGUGCAGAGAGGAGCUUUUGCACAGUAAGACUCCGCAGCGCCCCCUUGUGGAGAAAGAGAAAAUUACAUCUCAUAUAUAUGCAGACUCUUGCAGGAGUGGAGAAGUCUGAGGUUGUUGUCUCAUCCUCCUGAACUGGUCCGAACCUCUAACCGGCCUCGCUCUAAACCGUCUGUCUCCUCUGCCGCAGAUCCACGCCCACUACGAGCUGAAGAAGUCCUCUCGUCACAGGAGGAACCUCGCCAUCACGGGGGGCGUGGCCUUGUCCAUCGUCACCGCUCCUGUCAUCGCAGCUGUCAGCGUGGGUAAGAAGCCUGACAGGAUCACACCGAGCGUUAUUAUUCACCGUGAAUCUGCGAGGGUUCAAGAAAAAUGGGCACAGUUCGUUUAUUUUUAGAGAUACAGACAAGAAUCUGGAUUUCGAGAAAUCGUGACUUCUUUUCUUGGUUUUCUUGCUGCUGAAAUCCUUUAUUUACUACAUUUAUUUAUUCAGGAUUAUAGUCUAUCUAAAGCUGACAGUGUAAGCCUGAAAUAGAGGGAAAGAGAGGACACUCUGAUUCCUAAUCUUCUUACACGCUGACCUUCCUCUACAAAGUUAGACGACAGUUUCAGUCAGAAGUUUGAGUUUUAAUGAGCUGAAAAGGCGAUGAGUGUUUGAUGAUUGUUUGCCGUGUCAUUAUUUCAGGUAUCGGUGUUCCUAUCAUGCUGGCCUAUGUGUACGGUGUGGUCCCCAUCUCUCUCUGUCGUGGAGGAGGCUGCGGUGUGAGCAGAGGGAAAGGGCGAGGAGUGAGGAUCGACUUCGAUGAGGACGACGGUCCAAUCACAGGUGAGUGAAACAGUCUGCAUUUACCAAGUUUUCAGAUUUACACUUUUUUACAUCUGCUGUAAAGAAUAUUUUGUGUAAAUCCUUCAGUGGCAGACGCAUGGCGAGCCUUAAAGUCCCCCAGCCUGGGAGAAAGCAGUCUGGACGGGGCGGUGAGCGGGAUGAGCACCACCUCCCCUAGUGAGGGGCUCUCUGUGGCCCCGGGGACUCUGGGGGACACUCCUCACUUUAACACACUGGCAGGAGGCGCACUGGGGACUCGCACCGGCAAAUACAGCAGGUGAGGAGGAGCUGGGGUUAAGAUCUUCUCCACCACAGAUGAGAUAAUAAACACAGAGUGUAAAUGUUUCUGACUAUAACUGACUCUGUUUGGUCUCCUCCAGGCUGGAGGUGCAGGCCGGGGAGCUGGCUAAAGAGUCGGCCCAGAGGGAGACCGGCAGCCUGGGAGCGGGGAGCGACUGCGCCAGUACCCGAGGGAUGGCCGGCUCCAUCAUCUCCUCCUACACACUACCUGACAGGUGAGACACCGCUCUUCCUGUUUGCCGUUUCUGCUUCAAGAGUCACCUCAAGUGUCGUCACUCGUGUUUUCUCAGCUUCUCCUUUUCUUAAAGGGAUAUUCUGGCGUAAAAUUAAUUUAGGGUCAAACACACCGUAACACCGAGUCAGACACCCCGUCGAGAGAUGAAUGUUGCCGACCGCUUGCUUCUCUAGUUACAUCAAUAUAAAGUGGCGUUUUGGUUGAGGGCGUGACUCUCUGUAUUUCUAUCCUGCGGUCGUUACUAAAGUUGGUUUAACUAGAGAAGCAAGCGGUCGACAACAUUCAUCUCAUCUCGACGGGGUGUCUGACUCGGUGUUACGGUGUGUAACAUUAAUAUUACGCCGGAAUAUCCCUUUAAUCCAACCGGAUUACAUCAGAUUCUGUUCUGAUAGAAUUAAAACAAAGACAAAUGAACAAAAACAAUCAUAGUCUGACUCUGCGUCUCUCUUGUUUUUUCAGGGACUGCACCAACCUGGAGAUCCAGGUGGACAUCGAGACCAAACCCAGCCAUCUCUGCCUGACCAGCGAAGAGGACCUAACCCCGCCUCCUGGCUCCGCUACCAUGGCGACCGUCUCAGGAGGGGAGGAGCCUCAGGACUGCAGCUCGAGAAGGGGCGGGGCUCUGUCCGGCUCCGCUUUGGGACUGUCCCCGGGCGCGUCGAUCAGGGAGGGGCUCCGGGACGUCACGCUGGCUCAGCCGGAGAGCAUCCGCAGCGACCUGGAGAUGUCGGACACGCAGUCCGACGACAUCGCAGAGCUGACGUCCGACGACUGUGACUCCCCCCACCUGAAAAGCUGCCACCUCGCGGCAGGCCAACAGCCCCAGCCCCCCUCCUGCCGAGCCCUGAACCCCCCUGAAGGCCUUCACUGUCCCACAGACAGCAACGUCAUCCUCUACGUCUGA